AUGCGUGUCACGACCACCCUUAUCGCUGCUGCCGCUAUUGCUGCACCUCUUCUGGUCACUGCCACCCCUUCUCCAUCCUUCACCGACCUAUACGCGCGCGAAGAGUUCGCACCGUAUGUGUCGGCCCGCGACGUGUAUGACGCGGCUGCCAUAUUCCGCCGCGGCAAUUCGAACAGUAAGCUGCCUUCGAACGACCCGAAUGACCCAAUCAGACAGGCUGCGAGAGAAAAGUACAACGCGGACAUGAAAGAUUACCGAGCUAAAAAAGCGGCGCACCGAACGUGGCAUAUGUAUAACGGCGGUCCCAUUGGGGAUGGGCUGGCCCGGCCGGAUUCCACCCGGGGCCCGCCGCCACAGAUACCUCCGAAGCCGAUUGAUCCGGAUGGAAAACCCAACAAGGGAUUCAAGGGAUUCUUUGGAUUGCAGGGUAAGGGUAAGCGUGAGGACCUCCAUAUGCGUGCGCUGUUAGUGCGAGCGUUGCUCGAAGAACUCGAUUGA